UCUUAACAGAUUGUCAAUACCAGUCCUUCACCAAACACUGAUCUUACUUCAGAACAGGAAUAGUUUCUUUUUCCCUGUUGCAGUUGUGAUUAUUGCCACCCAGGAGCUUUGGAGAUCCUUACAUGUUGUAUGCAGCAGAACCACAAGACACAUUUCUCCCAUCUAAAUAAUGAAUCUGAGUAUUUUUUUCCAUCUGCACAUCUGGAGCUCCUGGAGAAGAAAGCAAGGAAAGUUGGAAAAUCGAGGUUGUAGAGCACUCUUAUGUUGGGGAGUACCAGAAUACUUGACUUCAGACUCAGUGCAGCCAUCCUUGCACAUACAUCAUAUCUUACUGAGUAACUGGCCAUCUGCUGCUUUGUGGAGCAGCCCUCUCUUUUCUCCGACUUUCCUCAGGUCUCAGUAUCCUUCUCAGGCUCCCAUUCUUUGAGUGCCUUUUGUGUAGCUGUGCCUACUGGCCUUCAGGUCCCACUAUUCUCUCUCACUGUUAAGGUUUUGUUCUACUGCGAUUCCCUGUGUACCUUUUUAAACUCAGUGGGUCAUUCAUCUGCAUCUGAGUAAUAGAAGCAAGAUCCCACAUCUUCAUGUGGAUGUCCAGGGUUUCCCUUGCCUGCAACAGCAGCAAUUUUGCUGCAAAUACAAUAUUGGGGAAGGUAUCAACCUCUCCUAAAGAUAGGGAAAAUUAAAUUCUUUGAAGUCCAUAAGCAAAAAUGGAUGUAAAGCUCCCACAGGACUGCCUUUUCUUUUCCCUAUACUCUGUUUUUCUAGCUCUUUUACUUAUCAUGGAGAGAGCUUUUUUGAAGUAAACAUCAGAAUUUUGUCAGAAUGUCUGAAGGGUAUGCAGUUUAGGGGGUGCAAACUUUCAGAGACCAGUAGGUCUAAAAAUGUGGCGGUAUGCUUAUCAGUUUAGUUUUCCUCACUAGCAAUAAUGGAAAAUCCCGUCUUUUCCAGUUUCACGUUCUCUUCUUCCUACAAUUGUAUUGUUUCCUUUCCAAAUUUCUUCAGUCAUUGCUGUCAGUUGGGUACAUUGCUCCUACAUAUAGUCAGGAAUGGAGCCAAAGAAGGAAGAACACAGAUCCUAUUUUCUACAGUUUUUCUCUUUUCUGUGGAAUUACAGACAUGGGAAAUUCUGGUUCCCUCUGAUUCCAAUGUCAUAGUUACUUAAUUUACACAGUGUCCCAGCCAAUUUUUCACAGUACUGCAUUGCACUCUGGCUUUUUUAAUUUUUUUUUUCGUAUAGACAAAUUUUGCUUUCUUUUUUUACUUCUUUCAUUUAUUUCUGGAAAAGAGACAUUAACGUCACCUUUUAAUAAAAAUAAUGAUUUUGACUCAUAAGGUAUGUCUUAAAAAAUCCACACUAAAAUGUUAUCAGUUAGAUCUCAUAUUUCCAUGGCAAACUUUUAUACAACAGAGAAACUAGCUUAGAAAGAAAAGUUUAUUCAUUAAUGCAUUGUUUCAAAAUUACUCAUGUGACAUGACACAGUUCCUUAUUUGAAGCUCAGAACUUCCCUGUAUCUGUUGGGUCUUAAAAAGGGUUUGUUAAUCCACUUCAGUGCAGAAGGGUUUUCUUGCAAGGCACUGAUUUGGUCUUCAGCAUCAUUUCGAGGUGAAGAGGAGAAGAGAUUGAAAUAUUUGACCAUGUCUGUCUACUUGACCCUGAUUUUCCUUCUCUCUAUUAGUACAUCUCUUCAAAUAUCUGGUAGUGGAAUAUUUUCAAUCUAUAAUGAAGACAGCAAGCUCUGUGCCCAAGCCCAGAACUCCAGCUCAGUCAUAACUACCACCUGUGAUGAGCACGAUGAGUUUCAGAAGUUCAGGUGGGUCUCUGCCACACAGCUGCUGAGCAUGGCACUCAAGCUGUGCCUGGGAGUGUUCUCGAAGGACGAUGAGGCUGCCAUCACCUUGGAAUCCUGUAACAGGACAAAUGAACUCCAGUGGUGGGAAUGUAGAAAUGAGACAGUUGCAAGCUAUGGCAAGGACUUAUUUCUCAACUAUGGCAAAGGGAAGGGGAAGAAAAUCAGGCUGUCCAAAGGAUCAGGCAAAGGAAGCAGGUGGAAAAUCUACGGAACUGCAGACAGCGUGUGCUCUCAGCGCUAUGAGGAUAUCUAUACACUGGCAGGAAACGCUUUUGGUGCACCUUGCGUGUUCCCUUUUAAGGUCAAGGAUAAAUGGUACGCUGAGUGCAUCCCUCUGAGUGAUGACGCAAGCUAUCUCUGGUGUGCAACUUCUUCAGAUUUUGAUAAGGACCACUUGUUUGGAUAUUGUCCAGAAAAAGACAUCACCCACAAUAAUCUUUGGAAAACAAAUCCUGUGACACAAACCCGCUAUCAGAUAAACUCGGAGUCACUUUUGACAUGGCACCAAGCAAGAAAAAGCUGCCAGCAGCAGAAUGCAGAAUUAUUAAGUAUCACAGACCUUCGUGAAGAAAUGUAUUUAUUAGGGCUCACUAGUGACCUGGGCGUCAAUGCAAAGCUCUGGACUGGUCUUUACAGUGCUCUUGACAGUGGCUGGCAGUGGACUGGGGGCACUCCUUUCAGAUACCUGAACUGGGCUCCAGGAAACCCCUCUGUGGAAUCUGGAAGAAUAUGUGGGACCUUCCAAGGUAGGAAUGGCAAAUGGGAAAACCAGGUGUGUGAUCGGAAACUGGGAUAUAUCUGCCAAAAGAGAAACAACUCCUUGUAUCCUUCCACUAUUGCCCCAGGUGACUUAAAGCCUUUUAAGUGCCCCAGGGAAUGGGUGCCCUAUGCAGGUCAUUGCUACAGAAUUUAUAGAACACCAAAAAUAUGGAAAGAAGCCCAGUCUUCCUGCAGAAAAGAAGAAGGAGAACUUGCAAGUAUUCAUAAUGUUGAAGAGUACAGUUUUACAGUGUCCCAGCUUGGGUACAAGUCAGAUGAUGAGCUGUGGAUUGGUCUCAAUGACUUCAGAGUUCAAAUGUAUUUUGAAUGGAGUGAUGGCACACCUGUGACUUAUACCAAAUGGCAUCACGGAGAGCCAACCCACACAUGGAAUAAGGCAGACUGCAUUCGUAUGAAGGGAGAGGAUGGAUCCUGGGCUGACAGUGCCUGUGAAAUGAAAUUUGGCUACAUCUGUAAAAGGAAACCCUUGGCUGAAGAAUCAGGGGAAACUGAGAUUAGUUACCCAGGCUGCCAGAAAGGCUGGAUGAAACACGGCUUUUACUGUUACUCCCUGGGGCAGUUACCAGCAACAUUUUCAGAUGCAAAAAAAAUCUGUGAAGAAAACAAAGGUUACCUUGCUACUGUGAGAGACAGAUAUGAACAAGCUUUUCUGACUUCCAUAACUGGAUUCAAUCCAGCAAAAUACUUCUGGAUUGGUCUUUCAGACGUGGAGGAGCAGGGGACAUUCAAGUGGGCCAGUGGGGAUCCAAUCACCUUCACUCACUGGAACGUGGGAAUGCCUGGAGGUGAGUCAGGCUGCGUGGCCAUGACAACAGGAACUUCAGCUGGAUUAUGGGAUAUUGUGAACUGUGAAGAAACAAACAUGUUUCUCUGCAAGCAGCUGGUGGAGGGAGUGACUCCCCCUCCUCCUCCUCCAACGAUGUCCCAUCUUCUGCUCUGCCCAGAGGGAUGGCAAUCCAUUCCUCAGAGCAGCUUCUGCUUCAAAAUUUUUCAGGGAGGAAGGGAGAAAAUGAAAACAUGGUUUGAUGCAAAAGAUUUUUGCAGAGCCAUCGGAGGAGAUCUGGCAUGUAUCCACAGUGAAGAAGAACAAAACCUGAUAAGUAGAUUAGAGAGAGAUUAUAUUCAUUUUUCAUACUGGAUGGGUUUAAGUGGCUUGGACUCUGACAGUGGAUUUACAUGGAGUGAUGGUUCACCAGUAAAUUUUGAAAAAUGGUCACAUGGAGAACCAAACAAUUACGAUGGAAAUGAAAAAUGUGGCGUGUUUAAUGGCUACCUCAAUAUGAACUGGAACGAUUUAUUUUGUGAACACAUGCUGGACUAUGUUUGUCAAAUUAAAAAAGGAGCGCCACUGAAACCAGAGCCUAAUUCUACAUUCCAUUAUCAAUAUGUUGUUGGUGAAGAUGGCUGGAUAACUUAUAAGGACAAGGAAUACUAUUUCAGCAGAGAAGGAAUGCCUAUGCAAAAAGCCAGAGACUUUUGCAAGAAGAAUGGUGGUGACCUUGCUGUCAUUGAGAGUGAAAGUGAAAGAACUUUUCUUUGGAGAUAUAUUUUCUAUAAAGACUGGGGAAAUAACUUCUAUAUUGGCUUAAGUGUGAGCCUUGACAAAACAUUCCGGUGGAUGGAUGGAACCCCAGUGAACUAUGUUGCCUGGGCUCCAAAUGAACCCAAUUUUGCAAAUAAUGAUGAGAACUGUGUGGUCAUGUAUACCCAUACAGGUACAUGGAAUGAUCUCAACUGUGGCAGUGUUGAGUUAUUCAUCUGUGAAAGGCUUAACAACACUGUUCGUCCAACUGUUGCUCCCACUUCACCACCACCAAGGGGUGGGUGCCUGGAUGACUGGCUUCUCUUUGAUAACAAGUGUUUUAAAGUAUUUGGCCUUAAUGAAAAUGACACAUUGACAUGGCAUGCUGCACGGAACAAUUGCAUUGAUUUUGGAGGAAACCUGGCUACUAUAUCAAAAAAAGAAGUGCAAGCUUUCCUCAUGUCCCUCUUAAAAGAAGCUGCUACUGAUGCUUGGAUUGGACUGAAUGACAUAAAUCAGGAGCACACGUACUUAUGGACAGACGGAAGUCCAGUAGACUAUACAAACUGGGCGAAAGGUUCCCGAAGUUAUUAUAGUAUGGAUGAUUGUGUCUUUAUGAUGAAGAACCCUAUUGAACAAGCAGGGAAAUGGAAAGAUGAAGGAUGUAAAACAAGCAAAAGUUACAUAUGCCAGAAAAAUUCUGACCCCAAAGUGCACAACUCCCAACCCACAGCUCCGGUGCUUGGCUUUCACAGCUAUGGUGAUGAUCGCUAUGCAGUCAUCAAGGAGAAAAUGAGCUGGGAAAAAGCAGAGAAGGAGUGCAGAGACCAGUCGGCAGAACUGGCCAGUGUCUUGGAUCCUUAUGCUGAAUCUUACGUGUGGUUACAAAUAGUAAAACUCGGGGAGCCUGUGUGGAUUGGCCUAAACAGCAACACAAAUGGUGGCCAAUACGUAUGGUCAGAUAGAAGGAGGAGCAGGUAUCUUAACUGGGCCAGUGGAGAACCAAAUAAAAACACAGCCUGUGUCUAUUUAGAUUUGGAUGGGUUUUGGAAGACAGCAUUUUGUAACGAAACAUUUUCAUCUCUCUGUAAACAAUCCAAUGAGUUGAUCCCUACUGAGCCACCACAGCUUCCUGGGAGGUGCCCUGAACCGAAGCGUGGUAGAUCUUGGAUUCCCUUCCGUGGUCAUUGCUACUAUGUUCACACCACUUCUGAGGAAAGCUGGCCUGAUGCUUCCAUGAUGUGUAUCCAAAUGGGUGCUUCCCUGGUUUCCAUAGAAGAUUCAGCUGAAAUGAACUUUCUCUUACUUUAUUUGUCUCCACUUGCAAGUGACUUCAGAAAGUUUUGGAUAGGAUUGUUCAAAAAUAUUGACGGAGAAUGGAUAUGGAUGGACAGAAGUGCGGUAGAAUAUGUCAACUGGGAGAAAGGAGAGCCUACAGUAGUUUUUGAUGAACACUGUGUUGAUAUGGAUGUCUCAAGUGGAACCUGGAGGACCUAUUACUGUUCUGUUGACCAGAAUUUUAUUUGUAAAAUCCCCAAAAUUGCUGAAGUUGAGCCAACCCAUGAUUCACCUUUCAAUAAUGCAUCAAAAAAAGAAGCUGCUGCUUCAUCGGCAAAUGGCUUAGGUGGGAUGAUUUUUAUACUGAUUUUCCUUCUGCUAGCUGGAACUGGCCUUACCUUGUAUUAUUUCUACAAAAAAAGACGUGGUCAACAAAUGUUUACAGCAAGUUUUGAAAAUGCCAUAUACCGUGGUGACUCUGGAACUCUUGAAUCAAAUUGUCUUGUGACCAAUAUUGAAGAAAAUGAGUAGGCAACAUUUUAAUAGGCUGGAUAACCUUGGGCCUGAUUUUGAAAAGAAUUAAAAUGCUAGCAUACAAGACUUCUUAAGGCAAAGCAAUUCUCUCCUAUGGAAAUUCUAGCUAAUUUUGCACAGGGUGCUUCUUGCUUUCUGUACUAGCAGGAACAAGCAAUCUUGCAAGGCAGAUCCAGAGAUCUGCUCACAAACUGUAGUACCUGGGAGGAUUGCUGAGCUUACACAUAGACCUGCAGCUGUAUUGUACAAGUGAACACUCAGGCAGCUCCAAUCUCUGCAUGGCUCCAGCAUCAUUUUUGGGCACAAGAACCGUGCUCAUCACAGACAAUUUGAGAAUAUGCUCCUUAGCAUGCUCCAAAAAGUAUAUCCAGAUAUCCUGAAAAUGCCUCCUCGAUCUCCAGUGGAGACUGGCAGAAUUGCACAGGUUGGACUAAUCUCCAAGCUCAGCUGGGGCAGAUCCCUGUUUGAAGCAGGACCAGCUCCCUGGCUCAGCCAGGCAGUCUGCUCCAGUGCUGUGGAUCCAUAUCUUCUUUUUGCUAAUGAGGUACCACAGAAACCCUUUGUCUUGCCCAUUAUAUCUCAAUUAACAUAAUUUGCUCCUCUGUAUAUGACUCAUAGAAAGGCAAAUGGAAAUUGUAUUUCUUCUGCUAUAAUUCUGUAACAUACACAAUGAAAGAUCAACUAUUAUAAGAGGUUGGAAUGUAUUGUGAAUAGUAAUGCUUUAUCAUUUAAACAGUCAAAUAGGGAUCUCAAAGGAUGUUGUAAAAGGGUAGAAAUAGGCAGGAGAAAUUAUGCUUAAUUCACACCUGAAAAAGAGAAAAAAUAUAUUCGUGAUAUCUCCAAUACCAGUGAGGAUUUAAUUCCUUUUUAGGCCAUUUUUUCAAAGCAUAAUGAAACUUACCAUUAGAAAGUCUUUUCUAAUUUCUAAUCAAAUUCUCCCUGUCCAAGUCUGUUUUAAAUCUUUAAGUAUCAUUCCAGACUUCCAUCAUGAUGGAACUGAUGGCAUUAUAUGUCCUACUUGUCUACUGGUAUAUUCUCUGACUUCAGAGACCCUGAAAAUAGGCUUACAUAGAGGUUGGGGUUUUUAACUUUGCCUGUAUUUUAUGGCAAAUGUAAACAACAAAAUGACUCAAAACUCUUAGUCUAGGGGAUGCCCUUAUUUAAUUUGAUACUUUUUGAUAUUUUAAUCUUUUGACAGAUUUUAAUUGUGUUUAAGUUAAAAUGUUUUGUGUAUGUAUGAAAUACAUGUAAAUAAGUUUUUAUUCUAUGUUGGUUCGCUAAAUGGGAAUUAAAAGGCUGAUUCUAAGUAAAAGUGUAUCUGUCUUAAACAGAAGAAUUUAUCAUAACAAUAAAAACAGGAAGGACUUAAAUUUUCAUACACAAAUGAACAUCUCUUUUUCCUAGUCUAGUGUGUUCUAAAAUGGUCUUUACCAACCUGAAACUGUGUGUCUCACUGCUUCUUUAUCCCUAAUAUUUGAAAAUUUACCCUAAUAAAUGUCUAUUGAAAGUGUUGGAAUUUAA